UUAUAUUUUGUUUUUACUUCAACACGUUAUUUUUUUUAGUAUUUUUUAGCGAAGUGUCAUAUUUAAUGAUCAUAAGUUAUUUUGAAUGUAAUGUAACUUUUAAAAUGACUAAUAAGUAAUAUAAACUAGAACUUACAGCUAAAUGGCAUACAUUUUGAUCGUAUUACUAAUAACUCUAACAAUAAUUGCAAAUUAUCAUACAUCAACUUCGGAAGCCUAUCCACUUGAAGGAAAAUCAAAGAAAAAGUUCAAAACUACGAACAUGAUUUAUGCUCGCCGAGCAGACACUACAAAAACAAAUAUUACCACAACCACUUUAAUAGAUCCAAAUAUGAAGUUCAAGUUUGGGAUAACUUAUCCUCUCGGUGUGAAGACUCACGCAGGAUAUUCGGUUGAUCUGGUGACAAGAAAAACGCCCCCCACUAACUUCUUUCCCAUGGGAUCUUCGCUUUUCACCGUCACGCAGUUCCCCAUACCACAUUUGUGGAUGGUAGAAUACUCUAGACAAGAUAACUGUGAUUUUAUCAUCAGACUUUGUAUGAAAGCAUAUGACACUGGCUUCGUCUGCGCAACAGCAUUGCGAGGAGAAAAGUUCACGUUCGAGAAUUACUGCUCAAUGAAUUAUGCUAACUGCAACUUGAGAUCUGAUGUUUGGCAAGUGGCCUACUUUGGGCACUGUUUGCUACCAAGAAUGCCAGAUAACGGUGAAGAAUAUGAUAUCGAAGGAGAUAACUUCUUGGAAAGUGCGAUUAUAAACGAGCCACCAUUCAAUCCUUUAACAGGGGAACAAGAAGGUCUAUUUUAG